ACCCCGCUAGCUCAAGCGGCUAACGAGAGCAUUGUCUCAAUUAUUCAUCAUUGUGGCGUCAAGACAGCUAGGAAAUUAUCGUCCACACAUUCAGUUUAACAUUAAAAGACCUAUUAUGUUUAUAUAUAUAUGUGUCUCUGGUGAUAAAGGUCAAACAGCAGACAUAUAAGUCCGGCUGGUGGUAAGGUUAGCUCCUAUCUGUUAGCUGCUAGUUGCUGUUUAACAUGUCCUGAGACUGAGCAGCUCGGACAGCUAGUUUAACAAUCGAAACGUCAAUUACCAGCUGGUUCAGAUAAUUUCCUGACCGGGAAUAUUUCAGCUGGCAAGGUUUCCUCCUGAUCAGCCAAAAUGGAGAUCUCCAAAAUGAAGAUGUUUGGGGUGCCCCACAAAACUGUCUUUGUGGUGGAUCACUGCCCCUACAUGGCAGAGUCCAGUCGUCAGCAGGUAGAGUGUGAUGUACUGACGAAGAGUCGAGCUCAAGGGGUCAUUCCUUUGGCCCCCGUAUCCAAGUCCCUCUGGACCUGUGCUGUGGAGUGCUCCAUGGAGUACUGCCGGAUCCUCUACGACAUCUAUCCAAAGGACAAAGUGGUUAAUUACAUUGUGAGUGACUCAGAGUUCCACAUCUUGAAUAGCUGGAGACAGGAAGACCAAAGCACUCAUGAGCUCAUGUCUGCGCUGGCAGCUGUUGGGCCACCCAACCCACGUGAGGAUCCAGAGUGUUGCAGCAUCCUGCACGGGUUGGUUGCUGCCGUGGAGUCGUUAUGCAAGAUCACAGAGUUGCAACACGAGAGGCGCACUGCUCUGAUGGACACAGCUGAGAGGGUCGCUAAUAGGGGUCGUAUUAUCUGUUUAACCAAUGCUAAAAGCGAUACUCAUGUGCGCAUGUUGGAAGACUGCAUCCAGGAAACCAUUUUAGAACAAAACAAGCUGGCAGCGGGCUCAGACAGGCUGAUGGCCAUCCAGCAGUGUGAGCUGGUUCUAGUGCACAUCUACCCACAGGGUGAGGACACUCUAGUGUCUGAUCGUCCAAAGAAAGAGAUCUCUCCUCUGCUCACCAGUGAAGUCCACAGUGUUCGGGCAGGGAGGCACCUGGCCACCAAACUAAACAUUCUGGUCCAGCAGCACUUUGACUUGGCCUCGACUACUAUAACAAACAUCCCCAUGAAGGAAGAGCAGCACGCCAACACAUCAGCCAAUUAUGACGUUGAGCUUCUGCAUCACAGAGACGCUCACCUGGAGUUCUUUAAAAGUGGAGACUUGCAUAUGGCGGGCACCAGCACACGAGAAAAUGGGCUCAAAGAGACGGUUACACUCAAAUGGUGCACUCCACGAACCAACAGCAUAGAACUGCAUUACUGCACAGGAGCCUAUCGCAUCUCCCCCACAGACGUUAACAGUCGUCCCUCAUCAUGUUUGACAAACUUUCUCCUUAACGGUCGAUCAGUGCUGCUGGAGCAGCCAAGGAAGUCGGGGUCAAAGGUCAUCAGCCACAUGCUCAGCAGCCAUGGAGGCGAGAUCUUCCUUCACGUGCUCAACAGCAACCGCUCCACUCUGGAGGACCCGCCCUCUAUCAGCGAGGGCUGCGGGGGCCGAGUGACGGACUACCGCAUCACUGACUUCGGUGAGUUUAUGAGGGAGAAUCGGCUGACUCCUGUUUCAGAAUCAUCCCAUGAUCCCUCGGGGAAGCUACCAUUUGAGAGGGCGAAGGCACAGCUCGAACGGCACACACGUUACUGGCCGAUGAUCAUCUCCCAGACCACCAUCUUCAACAUGCAGGCCGUGGUGCCUUUGGCUAACCUAAUCGUCAAAGAGACUCUGACGGAGGAGGAUGUUCUGACUUGCCAGAAAACCGUCUACAACCUGGUAGACAUGGAGAGGAAGAAUGACCCUCUUCCUAUCUCCACCGUGGGAUCCAGAGGCAAAGGCCCCAAGAGAGAUGAACAGUACCGUAUAAUGUGGAAUGAGCUGGAAACAUUAGUGAAAACUCACGCUGGAGCUACAGACAGACACCAGCGGGUUCUGGACUGCAUCAUUGCCUGCCGCAGCAAACCUCCUGAGGAAGAGGAAAGGAAGAAGAGAGGGAGGAAGAGGGAGGAGAGGGAAGACAGGACAGAGAAAAAUGGCAACAAAGACACAGAUGACAAAAGCUGGCAAGAUUCAGAGAGGCUAAAGGGUAUGCUGGAUAAAGAAGAUCAGGAGGCGGAGGUGAUCAAGGAUUCCCCGGACUCCCCAGAGCCCCUCAACAAGAAGCCCCGUCUCGCCACUGAGGAGGUUCAGCCUCCAGAGAGAGCAAAAGGUCCGGUCUCGCUCCUGUCCCUUUGGACCAAUCGGAUCACAACAGCCAACUCCAGAAAACACCAAGAGUUUGUUGGAAGAGUGAGCUCUGUCAACAACAAGUUUGAGUUGUAUCAGCACCUCAAAGAUGAGAACGGGAUGGAUGUUCAUGAAAACGGCAAGGCCUCUAGAUGAUGUUUCCACAGAUGCAUUGCUUCACUUUUUCCAAGGAGGAGGUUGUGGAUCACAGUGUCUUCCAGACACCAAAAUAAAAAAGACACUGAACUCAAGGAAUUUAUAAAUUUUUUUACCCAUGAUUUUGU